AUGGAGGAAGAUGAGCCAGGUAAGUGUGAGUGUGACAGUCUCUUUUUAGUAAACAACUGUUCGUAACUUGACAUCACGUUGCCCCUAUACGUGUGUACUGCUGUUAUUAGCCUACUUGUUUAUUUGGCUUUACUGUUAUGUUGAAGGAUCAAAUAUAUGUUGCAGGAAAUUACAUUUUAUAAAAUAGAAUUGAAUAGAAUAUAAUAUCUCUUCUAGUGUUGAUAACAUGCUCCUCCAUCUCCAUCACUGUUUUAGCUGUAGAAUACAAGAGUCUGUUUGAGGACCCAGCCUUCCUCUGUGAGGACUCCUCCCUGUUCUCAGACUACUCCACCCCCAUUGCCAGGUUCCAGGAUGACAUCACAUGGCUUCGGCCACAGGUAAGACCCGGGCCUACACCUUAUCUAAUCAGAAUUGGCCUUAGGUCACUAAUAAUAAUAAUAUAUAUGCCAUUUAUAUGCUGUGUUCCUUCCAAUACAUGUUAUUUUUUCCUUAUCACGUUGUGAACACUUGAUCGCAUAACAGAAGCAAGCAUGUCCAAUCUGCUCACAAUGAUUCUGUGUCUGUUAAUGGUGACAUAUUUCUCUCUCUGUCCCUCCAGGAGAUCUGCCCGUCUCCCACACUCUUCCCUGACAACACCGAUGAUGGCCAUGCAAAGCAAGGCCUCCUGGGAGACUGCUGGUUCCUCUGUGCCUGCACGAUCUUACUGAAAAACCAGCAUCUGAUGAAGAAGGUAAAGCUCCACAAACUUGUAAGGUACAGUGCAUUCAGAAAGUAUUCAGACCCCUUGACUUUUUCCACAUUUUGUUGCGUUACAGCCUUAUUCUAAAAUUGAUUAAAAUCUUUUUUUUCCUCAUCAAUCUACACACAAUAUCCCAUAAUGACAAAGCAAAAACAGGUUUUUAGAAAUGUGUGCGAAUUUAUUAAUAAUAAAAAAGGGAAAUAUCACAAAUUACAUAAGUAUUCAGACCCUUUACUCAGUACUUUGUUGAAGCACCUUUGGCAGCGAUUACAGCCUUAAGUCUUCUUGGGUAUGAUUCUACAAGCUUGGCACACCUGAAUUUGGGGAGUUUCUCCCAUUCUUCUCUGCAGAUCCUCUCAAGCUCUGUCAUGUUGGAUGGGGAGCGUCGCUGCACAGCUAUUUUCAGGUCUCCAGAGAUCUUCAACCGGGUUCAAGUCCGGGCACUGGCUGGGCCACUCAAGGACAUUCCGAGACUUGUCCGGAAGCCACUACUGCAUUGUCAUGGCUGUGUGCUUAGAGUCGUUGUCCUGUUGGAAGGUAAACUUUCACCCCAGUCUGAGGUCCUGAGCGCUCUGGAGCAGGUUUUCAUCAAGGAUCUCUCUGUACUUUGCCCGUUCAUCUUUCCCUCGGUACUGACUAGUCUCCCAGUCCCUGCCGCUGAAAAACAUCCCAACAGCAUGAUGCUGCCAUCACCAAGCUUCACCGUAGGGAUGGUGCCAGGAUUCCUCCAGAUGUGACGCUUGGCAUUCAGGCCAAAGAGUUCAAUCUUGGUUUCAUCAGACCAGAGAAUCUUGUUUCUCAUGGUCUGAGUCCUUUAGGUGCCUUUUGGCAAACUCUUAAGUGGGCUGUCAUGUGCCUUUUACUGAGGAGUGGCUUCAGUCUGGCCACUCUACCAUAAAGGCCUGAUUGGUGGAGUGCUGCAGAGAUGGUUGUCCUUCUGGAAGAUUCUCCCAUCUCCAAAGAGGAACUCUAGAGCUCUGUCAGAGUGACCAUCGGGUUCUUGGUCGCCUCCCUGACCAAGGCCCUUCUCCCCCGAUUGCUCAGUUUGGCCGGGCGGCCAGCUCUAGGAAGAGUCUUGAUGGUUCCAAACUUCUUCCAUUUAAGAAUGAUGGAGGCAAUUGUGUUCUUGGGGACCUUCAAUGCUGCAGACAUUUUUUGGUACCCUUCCCCAGAUCUGUGCUUCAACACAAUCCUGUCUCGGAGCUCUACGGACAAUUCCUUCGACCUCAUGGCUUGUUUUUUGCUCUGACAUGCACUGUCAACAGGUGUGUGCCUUUCCAAAUCAUGUCCAAUCAUUUGAAUUUACCACAGGUGAACUCCAAUCAAGUUGUAGAAACAUCUCAAGGAUGAUCAAUGGAAACAGGAUGGACCUGAGCUCAAUUUCGAGUCUCAUAGCAAAGGGUCUAAAUACUUAUGUAAAUAAGGUAUAUCUGUUUUUUUAUUUGUAAUACAUUUGCUAAAAUUUCUAAAAAUCUGUUUUCGCUUUGUCAUUAUGGAGUAGGUUGAUGAGAAACAUUUUUAUUUAAUCCAUUUUAGAAUAAGGCUGUAAUGUAACAAAAUGUGGAAAAAGGCAAGGGGUCUGAAUACUUUCCGAAUGCACUGUAUAUGUUAUUGCAUUGAAGUAAGCUUGUUGCUUUUUGGUUUUGCUGUGAACAGUAAAACUACAACUGUAGGUUAGUACCACAAGUUAAAGUCUGACAGCUUACAGUAAAUACACUAUGCUUCUGCCCCUCACCUAUUCCAUUAAGUACUUGGUGACUUUUAUCUAUACCAAAAUACUGUGAAAAACCCAGUGUUACCCUGUGCCAUCUCUAACCCCCAGGUGGUACCCCCUGCCCAGCCUCAGUGGGGGGAGAGGGGGUACAGGGGCUCCUUCCUCUUCCGUCUCUGGCAGCAUGGCCGCUGGACAGAGGUAACCGUUGACGACCGGCUGCCCUGCCUCGGCGGCAAGCUCUGCUUCUCGCGCUGCCAGUCCCCCACUGCUUUCUGGGUAGCUCUGCUGGAGAAGGCCUAUGCCAAGUGAGUGACAGGUGGAAGGUUGAAAGUGACCUUCCACCUGUUUCUGCAUCUAGUCAUUAAUAUUGUGUCCUAAUAUUCUAUGCUAUUCCAAUCACAUACCAUACCAUACCAUUCCAUACCAUACAAUACAAUAGUUAGGUUUUGUGACAUUCUCUGACCCCCCCCCCCCCAUGUUGUCUCUUGUCCCUACUCCUCCCCCAGGCUGCAGGGGUCGUAUGAGCACCUAUGGGCGGGGCAGGUCUCUGAGGCCCUGGUAGACCUGACAGGGGGGCUGGCGGAGCGCUGGAGCCUGGGGGAUGGUGGGACGGAGGAGGACCAGGGUCGGGGGUCAUCUGACAGUGACUGGGUCAGGAGGAGGAGGCUGGAUCUGGACCUGCUGCAUGCGGUCAGAGAGGGCUGUUUAGUCAGCUGCUCUGUACACAGCGCCCCCGGAGGUGAGGAGGACAAAUGAUUUGUCUGGGAAUAUUUGGCUGUUUUCACAUUUUAAACACAAAAAUAGCUCUGGGCUGUGCAGGCCAUUGUUAUCCAAUGGAGAGGGAAUGCAGUUUUCUUAGAAUCUUACUGAAAGCCUUCCAUUGAAAUCUUGUGACUAACCUUUCAAGGUAAGGUACUGGCAUACCCCCAAGUCUGCUAAUGGGCCAGUUGCUAAAAUAUUGUUUAGGGCUAUAUUUACCCUAACUGCCCCCUUACCCCCUAGGUGCCAGUGAGUUGUGGCAUGCCCUGAGUGUGAUGGAGUGGGUGGACGUGAGGACGGUGGAAGGGGUAGGAGUACGUCUAAUCAGGAUCAGAAACCCCUGGGGCAGACGCUGCUGGGAGGGAGCAUGGAGAGAGAGGUAGGGGGUGUGUGUAUGUUAGAGCUCUGCUACCUGACCCGAGCCCGAUGGGCCCCGGUUAGGGCCGGUAGGGCCUGUUUUUUCAUCCAUAACUAGGGUACGGGUAGGGCUCGGGUAUCACUACAUUUAUCAUUAACAUUUCGAAGCUGAGCCAUUUGCUUGUGCUCUGCUGCACAGUACAUAUGAUGGUGUCAGAGGUUUUUCAACCUUGUCAAAUUAAAGACUAGAACAUUGUUCGAGUCCACAGGAGAGAUUAUUUUGCAGAAAAUAAUAAUGUUCCUUGAGUUUUUCCUUGAGUUUAGAGUGACAAAAUGUAGCUAGCUUACUGCUAACUGCUUUCAGUUUCGUCAUUGAGCAGGACAGCAGUGUUGCCAACAAUUUUUCAGUGAGACCGCUAUUGGCUCCUUGAUUUGUCGCUAAAAGUUGCUAGAUUACGUUUUGCCGUUGCUGCGACGAUGUCACAGCACCAAUUUGCCUUGCUGCGGCACAGCUGCGGUCCCCGACGUAGCGUUUUCGCCCCGUCUCCCAUCAGACACGCCUCCCCUUGUGCUUUUCUGCCUGUGUGUUCGCCAUUGCUAUGGCUUCUGUUGCAUAGACAGCUUCUCCCACUCUUGUUUGCGGCAGAAUUGAGUGGAAAAAGUCGCUAAAUCCUAUCAAAACCAUAGAAAACCUUGGUGUCAAAACUCCCCAAAGGCAGCCUGAUAAGUUGCUGAAUUUGUCACUAGAAUCUUUUACCAAUAAAAGUCACUGGAGGGGUCUGAAAAAAUGAACUAAAUAUAAUGACAAAGGCGCUAAGUUGGCAACACUGCAGAACAGCAAGAAGAGCAGAGCCGUGCACACUGCGCAGGGAGCGAGGGACAGACAGACGAGCAGCUAAUGGGUACUAAUAAAGUUAUUUCUGAUUUCGGCAGGGCUCGGCCUUAAAUUUGGCAGAAGCAGUCGGGCCUGGGUAGGGCCUGAACGCCGCAGGCAUGGGUAGGGCUUGAAAUUCAUGCCAGUGUAGGGCUUGCGGGUGUGUGUGUGUGCGUUCUUUUGUGUCAUUUUGAGCCUGGCUCCAUCUAUAAUUAUUUUCUUAAGAACCUUUGUCUCAGUAAUAAACUGGCCACUCUCGCCUGGCAGUGGAGAAGGCUGGAACUCUCUGGACCCGACCUGUACUCUGAACCUGCUGGGCCGGGCCCAGGAGGCCGAGUUCUGGGUGGACGAGACUGAAUUCCUGUUGCAGUUUGAUGAUGUCACAGUGUGGUAUCCCAUCAAUGAGGAGGGACACCUGCAGAGCAUCUAUUCUGGUAUACUCACUCAAUACUUCGUCGUUAUACAAGCAUUAGACAACGUUUAAUAGUUUUGAAUGUAUGAGAAAGCCUGACAAUCUUUGGUUUGGGGGUGAAAUAUCUCUUUAUAAAAGGAAAGCUAAGCAAAGCCAGUGUUGUGAUUGUGUAAUUGACAGCCCCUAUCUGUCCAAUAGGAGAGCUGCUGACUCACAGCCACCAGACGGGCGAUCGCUGGGUCAAAGGUCACUCAGCAGGUGGUUGCCGUAACAACAGUAGCUAUGGCAGCAAUCCUCAGUUCUGGCUGCAGGUGUUUGAGAGGGGAGAGGUGCUUGUGUCUCUGCUACAGCACAGAAGGUAUAGCAGGAACACAGGACGCCACUACACACAGUCACCAGAGGAGGGCAGCAGCACCACACAACACCAGCACUACCAGGCCAUCGCCUUGCACAUGUGGAAGGUUGGUACUGUACUCUAGCCUUGUUGCUGGUAGAUGUUAAGGUAAGAACGUGUGUGUGUUUGUCUGGCUUUUAAUUGUUUAAUCUUUGUGUGUGUGUGUACAUGCAUGCGAUUUGUGCGUCUGUCUGUCUGUCUGUCUGUCUGUCAAUCCCCAGGUAGAGAAUAAGCGUUUGAACCUGUCUGGGACUCUGAACAGCCCUCCCUGUGCCUCCACACACUGCCACGCCUACGAGCGUGAGGUGGUGCUACACACACACCUGGACCCUGGCUUCCACCUGCUCAUCCCCAGUACCUUCCUCCAGGGGGGCGAGGGGAGCUUCCUGCUCAGGGUCUUCUCCUCUUCCCCCACCUCACUCAGGUCAGUGGGACUAACAUUUACAUUGUAGUCAUUUAGCAGAAGACUGUGACCAUAAAGAGAUAGGUCAAAAAGGGAGCUAGGACCAAAUACGGAUAGGAUAAAUCAAAGUUUAUCAGAAGUUUUGCUUUUCAUACAUCAAAAGUGGUUUAUAUAUCAUGCUAUUUGUUUUGUAGAUCAUGUUAUGUCUUACAAGUCUAGGAAACUGGACUUUCAAAUUGAAUCUAUAUGUUCCCCCAUCCUCCUGCAGUGCUGUGAAGACCCCAGGGCCCUCUUUGCCGUUGGUAACAGAGGGGGAGUGGGAGACAAUCUACUUACGGGGUGCAUGGGUCACCGGGUCAUCGGCCGGGGGGAGUAGGAACUUCCUGUCUCACUGGCAGAAUCCCAGGUUCCCGGUCACCAUGGGCGACAACUUAGCGGGGUCAACAGGGGUCAAUGUUAGGGUCACCCUCCACCAGAACUGCCCUGACACUGACCUCCAGGCCAUCGGCUUUCACCUGUACAAGGUGAGCUGGGUCAUAUUCAUUAGGGCAUACUCUAUCAGAACGUUUUGCAAUGAAAAAACUAAAGUCCAAGUAGUCACUCCUUGUUUUAGUCCAUUUUCUUCUGUUUGGUGCCUAAUAAAAUAUGACCCUGUUUAUUAACGGUAUGUGGUUAGCCUAUCUAAAAGGUGUCCUUAAUGUAGAAUCUAUGGUUUAGCCUGUUGAUAUGUUGUUUUAAUCCUCCUUUCAAAUCUGUCUUUAUGAAGAGGAUUAUGUUGUGACUAGUUACAUGUGAAUCUCUCUGUGUAUCCAGGCUCCGGAGGGACAGGGGAAGGCCGAGUCGACAGUACCCAGGGAGGAGGAACCGGUGGCCAGCUGCAUUCCUCACUGCUACACCCAGGCUGUCAGUCUGGCCUGCUGCCUUCCUCCAGGGGCAUACGUCAUAGUGCCCUCCACCUACCAUCCUGAUUCCCCAGGCCAGUUCACCCUCACUGUGGCUCGCAAAAUACACAGGUAGACCUGGUUCCAUUCCACUCCCUAUCCACUUAACACCUUCUCCUAGUCCCUAUGCCCUUAGAAGGAGGAAGGACUGUGGUUAGGAAAAGCACAGUGAUUGUGUACAUUUUUGUAAAAAAUAUUUUGGGGAAUUGAACCCACGACCUGAACACAGGACCACAAUGAUGGUGUGUUGUACUUGUGUUUCAGGAGAGUGGUGAAGAGUCAGGAAAGUCUGGGGAGAGCCAUUCAAGAGGUGAGUGAGUGUUGGGCUAUGUGUACAAGACCUAUGCUUUGCAACAAACACACUUCCUAAACAAAUGUAGUGUACCAUAGUGCACUAUCACUUGAAAUGUCAACUAUGUUGAAUAUGGUCAACAGGUGGCAGUAUUUAAUCAAUGUCUGUUAGUAGUGUGCGGGUCAGCUGUGUGUUCCCCGCACCUGUCCACAAUUGCUAAUAACCCAUCCGCAACCGCCCGACUAUAUGUGAUAAAGUGAACAUCUGAGGCCCGCACCCAACCCUAAGCCGCUAAUAUAGAAAAUGUGCUAUAGGCUACAGUCAGAGACGGCGGAGCGAUGUUUUGACAGGGGGUGCAGGAUUUUCUUUUGCCUGAUUUUAAAUGUUUCUGCUUUUAAUUUAAUUUAGGUAGGCUAUUUGUUAUUCAACUUGUCUAAUGAAAUAAUAUAGAAGACUAAAUAGACCCUUGCUCACCAGAAUAAUCGAUAGAAUCUAGUUGACAUCGGUAAAAUUCUCUGUCAUCUCUGCUUCUUUCGCAGAGCAAAUACGUUUUCUGUGCAAAAUGUCCAAAUGACAUCAGUUUGACCGUUUGUAGGGAAAUAGAAAGCUGUGAAAACAACCCAACAUGUUUCUGGUGAGAUUUCAGUUCGGCUUGGAUGCAUAUUUUAUGUGGUUGAAAUACUAUCAGCUUUUAUGAUGCUGAUAAAGUUAGCACCUCUACAGAGGGUAUCUAACUGCGCAUUCACAUUCUCUCAAGAUGCUGAAAGAAAUAAAUCAUAUUUCUCCACUCCUGUUCCCGAGUCAAAAUGUUGCUGCAAGAAAUGCUUAAUUCUGUAGGAGUUAAUAUUAAGGCUAUGUGAGAGGUUAUAGACCUACAGUCAGUGUCCAGAUUUCAGUUUCCAUUUAACCCAUUUGAACAGUAGGCUAUAGUUCCCUUGAUGUGCCAUAGGCCUAUUUGAAGUCACCAUCUUGUGACUGUCGAAUUUGUAUAUCGCUUCACAAUCAUCAAACAUAACAGCCGGCACUGCUAUCAUCCUCUUUUACCAUAUCACCAAAUAUUUCCCAAACAUAAGUUUUUUGGCCUCCCUUCUCUUUAUUUUCAACUCUCCAUUUUGCAGAUUUUCUCUUAUUGAAUUAAACUAGGACAUUAUCCUUUUUGCCUCCGUGGGUGGGUGACGUUAACUUUUUCUGCCCGUUCCCAAAAGCAUUUGGCGAUUGGCGUGUAGGCUAUUUUGCGAGUGUGCAGUUAGGCCCUAAAGCUUAGGCUUACAUAAUCAUGCCAGAUAGCCUCAAAUAAUGAAAGAAAAACCUCAAUGUAGCGUAUAGAUAUAAAUUGCACAAGAAUUAUACAUGUAUGGAUUUUUUAAGGUCUCUCUCUCUCUCUCUCUCUCUCUGGCGACAGGUCUCUCACAUAUCUGUGAUGCGUAGUUAGCUCUGGGAGCUGUGCUGCCGCUCUGCUGACGUGAGCUCACAUCCCUUCGGCCUUGGCCACAGAUGAAGGAGCGGGUCUCCCCCCUCUACCCAUGCCGAACACUGUGUGUGUUUGUGUGCGCACGCACGGCCCGGGCUCAGGGCCUUUAUCCCCAGCCUGGCGAGGCUCAGGGAGCCGAUCGGCAUCUCUCCUUUCUGUCUCUCUCUCUCCCUUUCUCUCUCUCCCGGCUGCGAUUAGCACAUCAGAGGUUGUCGUUGGGCCGGGCACUAAUGGGAGCUGACGGGGCUGGCCGGUGUAAACAAACAGUCGCCAUUGAAGAGGCCCGCUCGCUAUGCUCACUCGCUGGCCCGUCGGCCCGGGACAAAGGGCCCACUCAUGGAGCUCCUUGCUGGGGCCGAGAGGGCAGGAGCAAGGGGUCGGACCUCACCACACUGCAGUGCACCCACCCAGCCUCAGACCCAAACCCCAGGGCUGCCUGUGACUGA